AUGGGAGGUGAGGAUGGCAAGGGUGAGGAUGGCAAGGGUGAGGAUGGGAAGGGUGAGGAUGGCAAGGGUGAGGAUGGGAAGGGUGAGGAUGGCAAGGGUGAGGAUGGCAAGGGUGAGGAUGGCAAGGGUGAGGAUGGCAAGGGUGAGGAUGGCAAGGGUGAGGAUGGCAAGGGUGAGGAUGGCAAGGGUGAGGAUGGGAAGGGUGAGGAUGGGAAGGGUGAGGAUGGGAAGGGUGAGGAUGAGAAGGGUGAGGAUGGGAAGGGUGAGGAUGGGAAGGGUGAGGAUGGGAAGGGUGAGGAUGGGAAGGGUGAGGAUGGGAAGGGUGAGGAUGGGAAGGGUGAGGAUGGGAAGGGUGAGGAUGGGAAGGGUGAGGAUGGGAAGGGUGAGGAUGGGAAGGGUGAGGAUGGGAAGGGUGAGGAUGGGAAGGGUGAGGAUGGGAAGGGUGAGGAUGGGAAGGGUGAGGAUGGGAAGGGUGAGGAUGGGAAGGGUGAGGAUGGGAAGGGUGAGGAUGGGAAGGGUGAGGAUGGGAAGGGUGAGGAUGGGAAGGGUGAGGAUGGGAAGGGUGAGGAUGGGAAGGGUGAGGAUGGGAAGGGUGAGGAUGGGAAGGGUGAGGAUGGGAAGGGUGAGGAUGGGAAGGGUGAGGAUGGGAAGGGUGAGGAUGGGAAGGGUGAGGAUGGGAAGGGUGAGGAUGGGAAGGGUGAGGAUGGGAAGGGUGAGGAUGGGAAGGGUGAGGAUGGGAAGGGUGAGGAUGGGAAGGGUGAGGAUGGGAAGGGUGAGGAUGGGAAGGGUGAGGAUGGAUGGGAAGGGUGA